GUGAUUUAGAAGUUACAAUAACUUUAUGUUUGAAAAAAGAUAGUGCUGUCUAUUAAUAAUUAUACUUAACAAUUAUAGGUCACUGUAAUAAACGAAUGGAUGGCGAUGAACUACGUUGGCGACCACCUAUAAUCUUGCUAUUACCAAUUCUACUAUGUUGCAUGUUCAUCUUCUACGUCGACGUGUUUCUCCUAAGGAGUUUUAAAAUAUCGUCAACAUUCAAAUUACCGCCACCACGUUUUGUGGGGUACGCGGAGAACGAAAAUUUCAAUGAUUACCUCAUUAAGACUGAAGGAUGCCGAAUUCCAUAUAUGGACCCAUUGGAUCCAUCCAUUAUUCAAUUUAUAGCGAAGGAGAAAAGAGUAUCGUGCAAUAAAAAUAAACCUCCACUCUUCAAAUCCAAUUUGACUGCAAUAUAUGUGAUAGAAUCAUCGUUGAAGUCUUAUAAGAUACAGAACAUAAGCGCCUUAGAUUGUUGUUAUUCGGUCUUAAAGCGGGUAGUUCCGAAUUCCACAGAAAAUGAUAAUCAAGUGGAAGAUGGACCAUGCCAAGCAUUCACUAGAGAUGCUGAGAUUAAGGACGAAUUCGUGAAAAUCCUGUGCACUUACAACAAAAUCAAAGUCUACAAGGACUUUUUCUCAUUUGUACCUAUCAAGCCCACCAUCGCCAAAAAAAAAUACAGCGGACUUCAAAUCAUGCCAAUAAAUGUUCUGGUAGUUGGGCUGGAUGCAGUUUCUAGAGUCAACUUGCACAGACAAAUGCCAAAGACGGUUCAGGUAUUAAAGGAAAUGGAAGCGGUGGAAUUUUUGGGUUAUAAUAAAGUCGCCGAUAACACUUUCCCGAAUGUGAUUCCCAUAUUAACCGGAUUAGCCGAAAAUGAACUGGCCGAAACGUGUUGGCAUAGCACAAGAGAAAAGUUUGACAAAUGCCCGUUUAUAUGGAAAGAUUUCAGCAAAAAAAAUUAUGUCACGGCAUUCGGGGAAGAUGCAGCAUGGAUGGGUAUGUUUAACUACGCCAAAUUGGGUUUCAUCACACAACCGACCGAUUAUUUUUGGGGACCGUUCAACUAUCGCUCCGAAAAGGAAAUAGGAAAUCAGCACAAGAUGAACGUUUAUCAAUGCGUGGGUUCGAGAGAAGUCUAUCGGGUGCUUUUAGAGUAUAUCGCUAAAUUCUGUACGACAAUGAGCCAAUCAAAUAUUCCCUUUUUCGGAUUUUUUUGGGGUUCCAGCCUGUCGCACGAUUAUUUGAAUAAACCGAAAUUAGGAGAUGAGCAUUACGCGAACUUUUUUAGAAGACUAAAGCAAAAUGGAAUUUUAAGUAAUACAGUUCUCAUAUUCAUAAGUGAUCACGGUAUUAGAUGGGGAGGUAUAAGAGCUACGUUUCAAGGUAGAAUGGAGGAACGACUACCAUUCUUGUUUAUGGCUUUACCAUCAGAAUAUCGAGAAAACCAUGCUCUUGCAUACAGUAACUUAAGAAGAAACACAAGGCGACUAAUUACUCCAUUUGAUUUGCAUGAAACAAUAAAAGACCUUCUAGACCCGUAUGCUUUAACGCCGACCUUAAUUCAUUGUAGGGAGCAGAUUCGCCAAGAUAAUAAUGCACGGGGUUAUAGCCUCUUUGAACUAAUCCCAAACACUCGGACGUGUUCGAGCGCCAGCAUUGCAUCCCAUUGGUGUACUUGUCAAGAGAGUACAAAAAUAGACAGUAACAGCAGUGUCGCUCUGAGAGCUGUUACAUUUGCCAUCGAUUAUAUUAACCAAAAAUUGAACGGUUACGCUGAAUGUGCCACACUAGCUCUAGCAGAAAUUCACAAUGUUCACGAACAUUCGACUAAGGAACACAUUGUGGACGGAAAACCCUACCAUUUGGAUUACACGGUUGUGUUCGAAACGGUACCGGGAAACGGUGUAUUUGAGGCAACCAUUCGAAAAUACGUCAAAGUCGAUCCAAUCACAUCUUAUUUUAAUGUUACUGGUACAAUCAGUAGAAUUAAUUUGUAUGGUACCCAAAGUUUAUGUAUGACAGAGUUUCAUUUAAAGCUAUAUUGCUAUUGUAUAUAAUGCUGGGUUUAGUAAAAUGUGCUGCAACUCAAAUUAAAGGAUGCAGUUAACUGAUAAUCUGUGAUGUGAGCUCAGUCCGCCGUGAAAUGGAGAGCGAUGUGACUAGACUUUUCCGAAAAUUGAGGGAAAAAUCGUGAUAAUAGUUAUGAACAUACCUACACUAACCGUAUAUCUUGGAUAUAGUAUUGGGUGUUAGUAUAACUGCUUAAAACCAAAUAGCAAAGAAGAAAUGUAAAAAGUACGGGAUUGGACAAUUAUCUUGGUAUUCAACCACUGUUCUGGUAAUGGUUCCUUUAUGAAAACAAUGCAUCAUCCUCAAAGGAAUAAAAAUUGCUGUUACCAGACUGGCGCUCCUCGUGCAUCAGCAUAUACGUAAACAAAUUUCAGUGUCUCAAGAAAAGAAAUGUUUUAUUUUCGGUCAAAUCGUACGAUGAUAGGAAAUGGCAAUAUGACAGUACCAUCAGAAAAUUGCAUUGGAGCAUAGGGAAAAAAAAUGAGUAUUCGGCAUUUUACUCACCCCGUAGAACGUAAUUGAUGUUGAAAUACCUUUUGUACGCAUAUCCAGUUAAUUGCAAUUAAUGUUGUUGCUAUGUUCUCUAUAUGAAUAAAUUUUAUUUCAAUAUACGUCUUA